GGGUAUCCGGUAUCAGCAGCAUAGUAUCAUAGGAAAGAUUUUCUACUCUCCGACAUGGGUGUUAGAAUGGUUCAGCAAUUUAAUGUUCAACCAUACAACGACUUUGUACUUUGUUAGUUUACACCCAAAACAAGACUUGCACUGUUCUUAGCCAUGAGUAUACGCUUGAUUAUGAUGCUACAAGCAUUAUCCGAGUAGUGCAAACGUAAUCUACCAAGGCUAGUUUGUAACAUUUUGUGCCAGGAUAUAUUGUGGCUUUGUCCGCGGAGAAAAAAGUUCGAUACACGAUAACAAGUUCGCAGCGCACCAUUCAUUCGGUUCUUUGACUAUCGAAGACGACGAAAGUUAUUACGAAGAUAGUUUCCAUUGCAAUCCGGGCAUCGAAAAACAGUCCAUGGAACUCGCGCAGCAGCAUCACCGAGCCAGCAUAAAGGAAAAUGUACUUUUUAAUGACGCACAAAAAAAUAACAACGACGAUCCACAGCCCUGUCAUCGUCGACAGGGGCACCAGCAUCAAUGGCGGAGGACAUUGAGCCGGAGGCAUGUUUUGAAUGUACCUCAUCGCCAGCAACAGUGGCAUCGUCAUCAGCAGCAGCACGAUCCUUUGGCCGGAGAUGCAGCUUGGAAUAACAACAAAAACAGCAAUCUGGAAGUAGUUACUGCAAAGGCGCAAAAGGCGGUAGAUGGUGAUUCAAAAACGUUGCAACAAACAGGACAUUUUGCGAAAGCUGGCAAUGGUGAUAUUGGUACAACACAGGAUGCACGCGUAAGCGAUUCCUCGAGCAGCAAUUAUAAAGCGGAAAAAAUAUCGAAAAGUAUUUUACUGUUUCUUGGCGGUGUUUGUCAACAAGGACUAUCGGAGAUUCCACAUCUACCGUCCGGAAAAUGUACCUCCCUGUUUAUUUUACUAUUUGGAUAUCUGAUGUUCCAGUACUACUCAGCCAGCAUCGUUGGUUCCCUGAUAAUGGAUCCUCCCAAAAAUAUAAAAACUUUGCGAAAUUUGAUUGACAGUCGUUUAACACUCGGAAUCGAAGAUAUCCCUUACAGCCGGGACUAUUUUGUGCGAACAACGGACCAGGAUUCGCUUGAACUCUACCGAACACGGAUCAGCUUUUACGAUGAAAAAACGCACCAGAACGAAUCGCACUUUCUGAAUGCAACCGACGGGCUCAAGCUGGUCAAGGCGGGCGGGUACGCAUUCCACGUUGCCAUCUCGGCCGGUUACAAAAUCAUUCGGGAUAGUUUCAGCGAACUGGAAGUUUGUGAGCUAACCGAAAUCGACAUGUUCCCCAGUUCAUCCCAGUGGAUGGUAGCGAUUGUGCAAAAAAAUUCACCGUACCGGGAUGUUAUAACGUAUGGAUUACGACGCUUGAAUGAAGCCGGCAUAAUGGACCACCAGAGACACGUUUGGCAGGAACCGAAACCGAAAUGUGUGCGCAAAAUAGCGCCAACGGAUCUGAUUGUUGGCAUGGACAGUGUUUAUUCGGCGUUUAUCCUGCUGCUCGCCGGCUCGAUGAUGUCCGCUGGCUUGCUGCUGAUUGAGAUACUGCAUCACCGGCUGGGGCUGCACCGAAAUCGGUGGCAUCAGUGGCAGCAACAAUGGACGCACGAGCCUCGCCGGCAAUUGGGAUUCGGGAUUUUACCGCAGCAGCCGAGGGAUCAUGACCUAGUUUAUCCCUAUGUAGAUUGAAUUGAUUACGGCUGGUUUGACUCACGGCACAGGAGCAACUCUCCGUAUAGUCUUGUGCGGGAACCACUGGGGGUGUAGUCUAUAAAAAUGCACUGUUGCUUUUAUUUAGCACGAACACUGUAAUAAAAAUAGCCGAA